AUGCCCGAGGGGUGCGGGACUUGGCCGGCGUUGUGGACGACGGGAGCAGAUCCGUGGCCAGCGAGCGGUGAAAUCGAUAUCGUGGAGGGCGUGAACCGGCAGAGGAGGAAUCGGGUGUCGCUCCACACUUCGUACGGGUGCAAUAUGUGGGGAAUUGACGAGACGAAUUUCGCGGGAACGUGGGCGUACAGCGGCGACGGCUUGGAGGCUCGCGACUGCUAUGUCUACGCGACAGAACACAACACCGGUUGUUCCAUUGAGUCGAUAGAGGAUGCGUUUGGCGAGGCGUUCAAUGAGAAAGGAGGGGGUGUGUACGUCUUGGAACUGAAGCAGGCGAAACACAUUCGCGCGUGGUACUUUACACACCAAGAGGUGCCCGAGGACCUGCGCAUCGGUGCACCGGACCCUGACAAGUGGGCAGAAGCGCAGAAACUGCCAAUGGCGUACUUUCCUCUAAAUGAGAACAACUGUCCGGGCCCCAGUCACUUCUGGGGACACCGACUGGUGAUAAACACGACAUUUUGUGGCGGCUGGGGGGGCAGCUUGUUUUCGAGAACCGCGGGAUGCGCCGGCGACGGCCAAGCAGCGUGCCGUGCGUUUGUACGCGACAACCCAACCAGCUUUAAAAAUGCUUUCUGGGAUUUCAACUUCAUUCACGUCUACGUCCCUGGAGCAGUUUCAUGUGGAAACUACAACGCCAAGGACUCCGUCUCGUGCAAGGUGCGGCGGGGAACCUCUGUCUACCUCUGCGCCUACAAGCCCUACGAGCUGGGUGUUGUUUCUGGACAAAUGAGAUGUCAGUAA